AUGCCUCGUCGACUGUCGAAUACCUUUUCAAGCAACUCCUCGCCAUCGACCCCUUCAUCCUCCACCGAGAAGGGCCUCAAAAGCUCAAGAACUAGCCGGCUGAGUCAAUUUUUUUCGACUUCGCCAAAACCCAAGGCCGAGCCUCCAACCGCACACGCGACCCUUCUCGCAGCCAGCAAGUCGAGCGCUGUGAGCACCGGCGUGCCCAUAGGUUCCGCGUCAUUGUCUCUUCCCACAAUCUCACUAUCCACGGCAACUGCCGAUAACCGCAAUAUGGAUGAACCGCCAAAGACACUGUUUCAGCCUCCGUCCCAGGAAGAGACGAAGCGAUUAGCGAAGCAGCAUGCGCAAUUCGCUCCGAUCAGCCAUCMAAGCCACAGAUACACAAGUCGACMCCCUGGCGGGCCGUUUCCCGAGCCAGUAAUGGACGAACCUCCGUAUUAUUACCUCUUGACUACAUAUAUCAGUUAUUUGAUCCUGAUUGCCUUUGGCCACGUUCGAGACUUUUUUGGCAAGCGAUUCAAGGAAGAAAACUACCGCCACUUGAAAUCACGAAACGGCUACGGCGCAUUGAAUAGCGACUUUGAUAAUUUCUACGUCCGUCGAUUGAAAUUGCGUAUCAAUGAUUGUUUUGAACGUCCCGUGACGGGCGUUCCGGGUCGUUACAUUACACUUAUCGAUCGUGCCACUGAUGACUAUAACCGACAUUUCUACUUGACCGGCACGACUACAGAUACAUUGAACAUGAGCUCUUACAACUAUCUUGGAUUCGCUCAAUCGGAAGGUCCUUGCGCAGAUGCUGUUGAGGAGAAUCUUCGAAAGUAUGGUAUCAGCACAGUAAGUACCCGUGCUGAAGCCGGAACGUGUGAUUUGCAUGUGGAAGUGGAAGAUCUCGUGGCCAAGUUCGUCGGAAAGGAGGCUUCGAUGGUUUUUUCGAUGGGUUUCGGGACAAACGCCAGUGUUUUUCCAGCUCUAGUCAGCAAAGGGUGUCUCAUCAUUUCGGACGAACUUAACCACGCCUCUAUUAGAUUCGGAGCUCGUCUAUCAGGGGCUUCUAUCGGCAUGUUCAAGCACAACGAUAUGAAAUCCUUAGAAGAGAAGCUCCGGGAAGCUAUCUCCCAAGGUCAACCACGUACACACCGGCCAUGGAAGAAAAUCCUAGUUGUUGUGGAAGGACUUUACUCCAUGGAAGGAUCGAUGUGCAAUCUGCCAGGACUGAUUGAGCUGAAACACAAAUACAAAUUCCACCUAUUCAUUGACGAGGCACAUUCCAUUGGUGCUGUCGGCCCCCAUGGACGCGGCGUAUGCGACUACUUCGGAGUUGACACCAAGGAUGUUGAUAUUUUGAUGGGAACACUCACCAAAUCAUUCGGUGCCAACGGCGGUUAUAUUGCAGCUGACAAGGCAAUGAUUGAUGCUCUCCGGGCUUAUAAUGCAGGCGUUAUCUUUGGAGAAGCACCCACGCCUCCAAUUCUCACACAGAUUCUGACAUCUCUCCGCCUCAUCAAUGGAGAUAUCUGCCCAGGACAGGGAGAAGAGAGAUUGCAACGAUUGGCUUUCAACUCACGGUAUCUCCGACUUGGUCUGAAGCGACUUGGAUUUAUUGUUUAUGGACACGACGAUUCGCCGAUUAUCCCUGUUCUCCUCUUCAACCCAGCCAAGAUGCCCGCAUUCUCUCACGAAAUGCUCAAACGCAAAAUCUCCGUGGUCAUUGUCGGCUAUCCCGCAACACCAUUGGUUUCCUCCCGUGCGCGAUUCUGUGUGUCGGCGGCCCACAACAAAGAAGACUUGGACCGCCUGCUCACUGCAUGCGAUGAAAUCGGCAACGUCCUUCAACUCAAAUUCUCCACCGGCAUCGCCGGUGGUGCCCUCCCACCCGCCGAUGGACUCAGCCCUGAAAUGGAAAAGGAAUACUACCAACGGCAACAACAGCGCCUCAACAACCCCAACGCCACAACCGUACCUCCCCGGUGGCGCAUUGAGGACGUUGUCCCUAACGGCAUCGGGGCCUUUCUCGCCCUUUGCCUCUCAGCACAAAAAGAAAACCACCGCAUCUUCGCAACAUCACGCGACACUUCCAAAAUCCCUGUCGAGCUCUGCGCACGUUCUAACGUGACUAUCCUCGCGCUAGACGUCUCCUCCCCUUCGUCGGUAGCUGAAGCAUCCACCUCCAUUCGCGCCAGCGGCCAUGGGUUAGACAUUUUGAUCAACAAUGCCGGACUUCCGUAUUCAAUGCCCUUACUCGACGCAGACAUAGCUUCUGCGCAGAGAGUGUAUGAUGUCAACAUUUGGGGUGUAGUGCGGAUAAUCCAGACCUUUGCGGAUAUGAUCAUUGAGCGAAAGGGGAGGAUUGUGAAUCUUUUUAUAUCUUGGUUGACUAAUGGGGGCUGGUGGUGGGAAGCGGUAUACGCCUCCUCCAAAGCAGCGCUUACAGUUCUCUCGGAAACGCUAAGGCACGAACUCUCGCCCUUUGGCGUGAGUGUUUUAUGUCUCCAGGUCGGCGGCGUGGAUACCAACUUCGACGCUCGCACUAUCGCGUUCGAACUCCCGCAAAACUCGUAUUAUGUGCCUAUACAGGAUGAUAUAGCCGGCUGGGCGACGGGAUCAAUCAAACCCAAGGGCCAGUCUGGGGAAAGCUUUGCGGAGGCAGUGAUGGAUGAUAUAUUAGGCAAAAACAAAAAUGGAUUGGUCUUUAGAGGCAGGAAUACACUCGCAAUGGCCAAAGUAUUUGAUGCGGCUGAAGUCGCGAAACACAAUACGCCCGAGAGUUGCUGGGUGAUUCUCUACGGAAAGGUCUAUGAUGUCACCGACUUCAUGUCCAGCCACCCCGGCGGAGUCAAGGUUAUUCUUAGAUUAGCCGGUACCGAUGCCACCGAAGAAUACGAUCCCAUCCACCCCCCGGGCACAUUGGAAGAAAACCUGAAACCCGAAGCUCUUCUCGGAACCGUCGAUCCAAAAACGCUCCCCAAACCCACCGCAGAUGCACAACAACAAUCAUCAGAAGAAGACCAGGGCCCACCAUCCAUGGAAACACUCUUCAACCUCGACGAAAUCGAACAAGUAGCCACAAAACAGGUUAGCCGCAAGGCAUGGGGAUAUUACUACUCAGCUGGAGAUGAUUUGAUUAGCAAAAACUUCAACCGCGAAGUGUACCGUUCCAUCUUUCUGCGACCUCGCGUGUUUAUCGAUGUUGGCAAAUGCGAUUUGUCGACGACGAUCAUGGGGCAUAAAGUCGGUCUGCCGAUCUACAUAUCGCCAGCGGCAAUGGCUCGGUUGGCGCAUCCAGCUGGUGAAGCAGGUAUUGCCGCGGCUUGUCGCGAAUUUGGCGCUAUGCAGAUGAUUUCCAACAACGCGUCCAUGUCGCCUGAACAAAUCGUUGAGAAUGCCGCGCCCGAUCAAGUCUUUGGAUGGCAGCUAUAUGUCCAGGUGGAACGAAAGAAGAGUGAAGCGAUGAUUGCGCGAAUCGAAAAACUCAAAGCUAUCAAGUGCAUCAUCUUGACCCUCGAUGCGCCGGUGCCCGGUAAACGAGAGGAUGACAUGCGCACCGACAACACGGCCAAAAAGUUGCCCGUUCCUUCUGGCAAAGUUGCAGAAGAAAAAUCAGACACGCUACCGGACGGAACACCCGUGCCCAAGGAUGGAGGCGGUGGCGUGGGCAAGCAAUUGUUCGCUGGCACGGCUUAUGAUCUUACCUGGAAGGAGACUUUGCAGUGGCUUACAAAGACUACCAGUCUGCCUAUUAUUCUGAAGGGAUUACAGACGCAUGAAGAUGCGUAUAUUGCGUCGUUGUAUGCUCCGCAGGUGAGAGGUAUUAUACUGUCGAAUCACGGUGGCCGUGCACUUGAUACUGCGCCGCCAGCUGUGCAUACCCUGCUCGAAAUCCGCAAGUACUGUCCUGAAGUGUUUGAUAAGAUUGAGGUACUUGUUGAUGGCGGUAUUCGACGAGGCACUGAUGUAGUGAAGGCGUUGUGUCUGGGUGCCAGGGCCGUGGGUAUCGGUCGACCAGCGUUGUGGGGACUUGGUGCUGGAGGUAUUGAGGGUGUUCACAGGACGUUGGAAAUUCUGGCGGAUGAGACCAAGACGUGCAUGCAAUUACUGGGCGUCGAGAAGAUUUCAGAUCUUGGCCCUGAAUACAUCAACUCGAGAAUAGUCGAGCAACAAAUCUACGACGGUCCCUCCGGACUCGCAAAAGCGCUUCGUGCUAGACUCUAG